AUGCAAGCGCAACAGCCGGUGGCCUACCAACCGCAGAGGGUGCACGAGGUGUAUCGGGCCGCGAGUCUGGGCCUGGGCCUGGGCGUCGGCGACAGUUCGGGCAUCCCGCACAGCGCCGGCAGCUCGGCCAGCAACUCGCCGGACCGUUACGAGCACUUCUCCUCGCCGCCGCCCACGCCGGCGACCACCGAGCCGGAGUUCGCCGACCGCGAGGGCAGUCCAGGUGCGGCCGGCUUCCACCCGCGGCGCCACCUGCAUUUGCCCCUCCACCCGCAUCACCAUCACAACGCGACCGAGUACCAGGCGACGGCGACGUACGCGACGUACGAGUCCCUCGAUGAAGAGGACGCGCGGUACCGGGCGACCCUCCAGGCGGCGCGGCCGCGCGCCCGGGACCGCCACGCCGGCUUCGACGCGGAGCCCUGCUCCGGGGAGGAGCUCCUCUUCGCGGAGCGCGCUCGUUUCCUCGCCUCGCCCCGCUGUCGCGAGCCCGUCGACGAUCUCUACCCUGUCGUCGGCGAGCCGCUCUACGAGUUCAAGUCCGAGCCCAUCGACUUCCCGACCGUGGAGACGCCGCGGCGCCACCCCGCCGGAGUCGCCCCCCUGCCCGCCGCCCCUGCCCCAGGCUCCGCUAAGCGCAAGAGGAAGGCCAGCCUCGAUGGACUCAACGGGCCCGACGUCGACGCUGGCUCCAGGGUCAAGUUACGCCGCAAGAGCGGCGCCACCUACGAGGAAAUCCAGAACCAGAGGGUCAUGGCGAACGUGCGCGAGCGACAGCGCACCCAGAGCCUCAACGAGGCCUUUGCCGCUCUCAGGAAGAUCAUUCCCACCCUGCCCUCCGAUAAACUCAGCAAGAUCCAGACCCUCAAGCUCGCCACCAGGUACAUCGACUUCCUCUACAGGGUGCUCCACUGCAACGCCGAAACCGAGGACGGCCUCGAGGACAACCAAGGUGAGAGGAGUCCGAGGAGUGCAGUGUUAGCGGCGAGGGAGAUCACCUCCUCCUCGUGCAGCUACAUGGCGCACGAGAAGCUCUCCUAUGCGUUCAGCGUCUGGAGGAUGGAAGGCGACUGGAGCUCGAAUCUCUGAGUCCUUCGAACAAGGACCCUUGCAAGGGAUAGACUCGAAGAGAAGCUGAGCUCCCAAACUCUCAGGGACGCGGUUAGACCUGUUCUCCUCUUCCUUUCGCCGGCUCGAAGGAUCUGAAAUCAACGACGAGGCUUCUUCGGACAGAAGACACGCAUCGAGAGUCCGUUGCUCGGACUAUUCCUGGAGAGAACGAUGGAUUCCGAUUUAAGGUAUCUUAGGGUUGAAUACAAUCUAAGAAGC